AUGCCUAUGGCCAGCAAGACCAGCAACUCCUACCAACGUGAUAUAGAUAACCUUACCAAAAUAAAAGGAAACAACAAAUGUGCCGACUGCGGGGCCAAGUGCCCAAGGUGGGCAAGCAUCAACUUGGGCAUCGUGAUAUGCAUAGAGUGUUCAGGAAUUCACCGAAAUUUAGGUGUUCACAUUUCCAAAGUGAAGUCCUUAACGUUGGAUAAAAUUAUGCCACAAUGGAUACAUUGCAUAAAGACCAUAGGGAACGAUUUGUCCAACUCCUACUACUUAUACAACUUACCCGCGGAUGCCUACAGACCAAAGCAAGGAGAUUCCUCAGUAAUUAUGCAAAACUGGAUAAAAAAUAAGUAUGAAAAGAAGUUGUACGCCCCGGCGAAUAGGAAGGAGCCCUACCAGUACUACGUGGAAGGGGUGGACCCCACAAGUUGCCUCCCACAGCUGGCCUCCCCGCAGGCGGAAGUGAAAGAAAAAAUAAUGCAGAAUGUAGGGAGCUUAGACAUUUUCGACUCCCUAAAAAUAUUUGAUAAUAAAAAAACAGAAGAGACUAUGCGAAAUAAAAAGAGCAGUAGCAACAAUAAGAAGGAAACAGGCCUAUUGACUGAGCACACAAAGAAGGAACCCGUAAAAAAAAAAACAUACAUGAAUGAUAAUUUUUAUUCAUUUGACAACAUCCCCUAUAGGGAAAAUAAUUGCACUAGCAUCAAUAACGAUAGCGGGAACCCGUCCAAGGAUUCCUAUUUUUUCAACGACUUUGUUAAUGUGGGUAAUACAAAUAAAAACUCAGUCGACAUGAACAUUCCGAAGGACGUGAAACACACAGAUAAGGGUAAUGACGUUUGUAAUAGGGACAAGAGUUCUUCUCACUUGGAAGAAGCCAAAAAAUUGAACCCUCAUAGUGAUGGCGCAGGCGGAAAUGGUAACGCCAGAGGUGGACACCAUGUGAAUAAUAGCCGAAGCAACAGCCGAAGCAACAGUCAAAGCAAUAGCCAAAACAAUAGCCAAAGCAUCACUCCCAGUAACAGCCAAAACAAAGUCCUAAGCAGCAGCAUGGCCAAUAUCGGAGGGAGAGCCGAACCAUCUAAACUCAGCGAGAAAGAAGACUUCGGUAGUUUCAGCUGCCUUUCGGAGAAAGAACUUCGAGACGCAAAAGUGCAAGCGGCAAAAAAAUGUAUUGCCAGACUUUUUUCCAACUCGAAAAAUAUUUCCUUUUCAGAAAAAAAUAAAAUUAACACAAGCUUAAAUAAUCAGGAUAGCCAAAUUGGGAUUGUAAAAAACCAUGUAGGAAAUAUACACUGUAAUGCAAUAAAUGGAGACAAACACAAUUCUUUCGAAGUGUUUCGUCCAAAAAAUGCAAACAGUGGUCAUCCUCAUAGGGACCAUUUGGACAUGUUCACCCAUCAAGAAAAGACGAACAAAUUAAAAAAUGAAAAUAAAGGAGACAAAGAUUUUGAUUUUUUUUUUGAGUAA